AUGGGACAAAUAUUAGACAAACCUGUAACCGAGAAAACAACACAUGUGGGCAGGAACGGAUAUGUCCAAUUUGCGUGUAGUAGUAUGCAAGGUUUCCGUUUGUCCAUGGAAGAUAGACACAACUUUUAUACGGAAUUACCUCGCUUUGCUCCUCCCAAAAUACAACAAGCAGUGGAGAGUGGAGAGGUGCAUUUAUCGUUUUUUGCAGUUUUUGACGGUCAUUCGGGGGAUACUUGCGCCGAGUUUCUCUCAAAGAAUCUAUUUAAACUCGUUCUUAAUGAAGAAGUAGAAAACAAUCCAAAUAUUACAGCUUGGAGUCUUUUAAAUUCGGACCAAAAUAUUGAACAAGGAUUUAUGAGAACAGAUGCAGAAUUUGAUAAAUCAUGUGCCGGAGUGGACGACAGUGGUUCCACAGCGACCACCUUAACUGUGAAGAGAAUUGGAAAAGACAAGUUAGAAGUUAUUUGUGCUAACACUGGGGAUUCUCGAACAAUAAUGCAUUACAAAGGAAAAACAGAACCGUUGAGCUAUGACCACAAACCACAUGUCAACAGUGAAAAAACUAGAAUUGCAAAAGCAAAAUCCUAUGUGGAAUUUGGAAGAGUAAAUGGAACCCUGGCUGUUUCAAGAGCUUUUGGAGACUUGACCUACAAGAAGUAUGAUAAACUGCCUCCAGAAGAGCAAGCAGUCAUUCCACUACCAGAAAUUAAGAGAGUAAUUCUUGAUUUAAAUGACACGAGUGAAUAUAAUUUUGCAAUGUUGGCAUGUGACGGUGUUUGGGAUGUUAUGUCCAAUGCUGAUGCCACCAACUUUGUGUUACAGCGAUUGUUGGAGCAAAAGAAUGGUACAUACAAGCGAUUGACAUAUCCAGGAGACCCUCCUCAACCUCCAAGUGAUCAUUCACACGAUGCCCCAGAAAAUCAUUCAUCUACCUCAGGUUUCAAGUUUGAUCUUGGUUCAAUCUGUGAGGAUGUCCUCGAUCAUGCAGUGAGAGGGCUUGACAGUAAGGACAAUGUCUCAGUUAUUAUUAUUCUCUUCCAAAAGGAUGACGAUUAUGUACCGCCACAACAAUCUUUUAAUCUUCCUCCAAAUCAUUUUGCUGCCUCAAUGCAAUAA